UCCACCCUUCAGUUUGGCUUCUCAGUAACGUUAGUUUGUUCCUUGUUUCCACGCAGUCGAUGGUCUCCCCCUCGUCUCACAAUGUCCGGAGUUUGCAGAGCUUCAGCCUUUGUUUUUGUCUUGAUUUACAGUAUUAUUCCAACAACAGAGGCGCAGACACCGACUCCUUCUCCAGCUCCCACUCCAUGUGCCUUGAGAUCCAACACCAGUUGUGCUGAAUGUCUGCAGAAUGUAACAUGUUUGUGGUGCACACCAACCAAACAAUGUAUCGACUACCCGGUGAGGAACAUCCUGCCCCCCCGCAGUGUGUGUCCAUUGAAUGAUGCAAGAUGGGGGUUGUGUUGGGUAAACUUCCAGAUUUUGAUCAUCACUAUGUCAGUGCUGGCUGGUGUCAUCAUAACUGCCAUUCUUGUUUGCUUCUGCUGCUGCAAGUGUGAAAGAGUCGGCACUAAAAGAGAAGACGCAAAGGUGGAGCGACAAACCCGUGCGAGGAAGACCCGUCAGAAAGCAAAGAGAACAGAAAUGCAGCUGAGACAUGACGAAAUCAGACAGAAAUAUGGUCUGGCAAAGGAUAAUCCAUACUCCCGUAUGGACGAGCAUUGAGAAGAAUCUCAGCGAUGAUUCCUUUAAAAAAAAUCCCUUAAGAUGAUCACACUGAUGCCAGUAACAUUGUGCUACAUAUGUAGCAUAAACUGUGAUUAUCUGAUUUGAAUUCAGUGAGUUAGUGUUUGCAAGAAAAUGUCACCAAGAUGCUCUGAAAUCAUUUUGACUGAGUGUGGAUUAUAUUUCAAACAUGGUCUCUUCACCUAAUGUUUCAUCUUUUUAUACACGUUGCUUUCUGCUAUUAUGCUAAAUUAAUAUUUCUUAUGCCUUCAUUUUGAUGUAAAUGAUUAUAUGGAAAUCUGUUCAGUUAACUUGUUUUUCUGUCCACACAGGAAACUAGGUGUAAGGGCAAAUCUGUCAAAACAUAUUGUCCACUGUGAUAUGCAAACAUUACUGUAUUAUUUUGCACAAAAUGCAGAAUUGCAAGAUUUCUGCAACUCCAGAGCACAUCAGAGCGUGCGGUGCUUCUUUUAUAACUAGCAGUUUCAUUUUCACACUAGAUUUGUAGUGCACACUAUUUCACUGAUUAUCAUUCACUUCUAAAGUACGACAUUUAUUUUUACAUAAAAAGUUCAUUUAUGACAUGUAACACAUUUUAGACGUUUUUUGCUAUUUUAAAUGUUGAUAAAUCUCAGAAUCAGAAAGAGUUUGUUUCAGAACUUUCUUGGAUAAAAGAAAUGUGUGUUCUUGAAA